AUGGCGCUCCGGCCCCGGCGCCCGGCGGCGUCAGCACCGCGGACAGCGCCCCGCGCGCGCCCACUCCCCGCGGGACCGGGUGGUUCGCCGGGUGUCUGCGCGGCUUGGGCUCUGCGGCGCGGAGACACCGCGAGCGGCACGGGCGGGUGUGCGGGGCCGACCGAGCGGACCGGGGAGAGGCACCUGCUCCGGCCGACGCACGGCGCCCCCUCCGCUCCCCCCGACGGCCUGAGGGCGCCGCGCCCGCCCGCUCCCUCCACCCGAGAGCGUCCCGCGCCCGCUCCCGCCUGCCGCCCCACGCAGCCCGAGGCCAGGCGUUUCCUGUCUUCCCCUGGGGGACCCAGACCCAGGGUCCCCUGGCGCGCACGCGCCGCAGCUCGCCCCUCCUCUGUACCUUCCGACCUCCACUUGGAUACCCCGGCAGUGACCCAGGGUCCCGAUCCCGGACCCCGCACCCCACCCUGCAGCAGCCUCUUGUCUUCCGCUCCCGAGACCACGAGCCGUCGCCCCUCUCCGCCGCAGCCUCCGCCCGGCCCCAAGCGGAGGCGGCGCGGGCCGUGGUCGCCUCCUGGCGCCGUCCCUCCUCCCGCCCCUCCACGUCCAGGGCAGGCAGUGCCGGGUCAACCCGCGGGCUCUAUCACUCGUAGCCCCGGGCCGAGCCCCCCACUCCGCCCCCCGCCUCUGCGAGCUCGGCCCCUGCUGGGCGCCAACGGGGCGUCCGUGGCUCCCGGCCCCCCCCCCCUUCUCCGUCCGGACCCGGCCAGCCCUGGGCGCCUUCCACCUCCCACCCGCCCCUUCUGCCGUCGGGGUCGCCUGCCCGCUGGCCGGGGGCGUCUGGGCUGGGCUCUCGCCCCCACGGCGGCCCGCUCGAGCUCCACGCUUUGCACAUGCUGUUCUCUCUGCCUGCACCGAACGACGCCCCGUGGCUGUCUGUCCUUCCUCCCUCCCGAAACCUCCCCGGGCCCGCCUGUCCCCUCCCCGGCUGCAACCCCCCCUCCCCAAGCCCGCCGAGGGGCGCCGAUGCGGCGGAGGCGGCGGACGGCCGCCGCGGCGACAGCUGGGGGGGCGGCCCUGACCUUCCCGCGCGAUCGAUGGGGCGCGGCCGGGGCUGCGCGGAGCCGGGGCGGAAGCCCGACUCCCCCGGCCCCCUCGGAGCCCCCCCACGGGUCCGUCGCUAUAAAAGGGCCGCGCGGGGCUUGGGCAACGGCUGCGAGCGCUCAGCACCGCCGCGACGCCUCCGCUAUGGGCUCCCCGGCCGCCGCGCUCCUGCUGCUGCUGCUGCUGCUCGACGGCCCCGCCGCGCGCCCCGCAGCCCCCAGGUGGGCGCCCGCCCGCCCGGCCCUGCGCCCCUCGGACCCACCCGGCCUGGCCCUGACCCCGCCCGCCGCCUCCCCCAGGGCCCGGCGGCACUCGGACGGGGCGUUCACGAGCGAGCUCAGCCGCCUGCGAGAGAGCGCGCAGCUGCAGCGGCUGCUCCAGGGCCUGGUGGGAAAGCGCAGCCAGCGCUGCCCCACUCGUCUCCCACGGCGGGUCCUAAUUUUGACUGGGGUGGGGGACAGCGAGCAGGACGCAGAGAACCGCACGGUGCCCGCAGCGCCCUCCGGGGGCCAGCUCUGCCUGCUGUGGUCCCGCGCCCGCCCGCAGGCCUGGACUCCGCUGAGGGACCCCCUGGAUGGGGCCUGGCCUCCCGGGUUACCUUCCAGGCCGGGGAUCCAGAUUUUGGAGCCAGUUUCAGGGGACAACUAA